CAGACCGCGAGAGCGGACGGGCGCGUGUUUUGUGCGGCGGAUACACCGCGGCACCGGGAGGAGCGCGACGCCAUGUGGGCGUCGGACUCGCUUCUUCAGCGAUGCCUCGACGCCAUGCUCAGAGGGGACCCCGUGCUCAGCAGCUGCGCCUCCUUUUGCUCCCUCUGUGUGUGGCACCUGAGUCGACAAGCGGCGAGCCUCCGGGAGGUGAAUGAAUCUCGGCUCAAGAUCUACGAGCAGCUGGAGCAGAAUGUGGCUGAGCUGGAGAAGAGCAACCAGCGGCUGCAGCAGGAAUCGCGUGCCGACAAGAAGCGCAUACGCAGCCUCAGCACGAGCGUGGACGUGCUUGAGAAGAAGUGCGAAGAGCUCCAGGAGCUUGCUGACCACCUGCGGCUUAGCCUGAGACCGAGGGAUCAGCAAGAGGACGCCGACGAACCUGUUACAGCCUGUCACCAGAACGAACCACUAGAGGACACACUCAGCACAGAUCACAUAGUGCCUUCAGGGAGCCCCAACGGAGACACUGAUUUUCUUGGCUUUGAGGAGAGCCCAUUUGGUACAGAGUUGGUGCGUCUGCGCUGCUCUUUGUCACGGCUCAAGUGCCAGCUGUCCAAGGAACAAGAUACUCGGGAGGAACUCCAGGCUGAGGUUGACAACCUGGUCCAGGAAAACAUGCGGCUACAAGAGGAAGUGCUAGCAUCUCAAGAAAGGGAGCACCAGUGUCUUAACCUCCAGAUGGAGAUGGAUAUCCUUGAAGAUGACAAGCGCCUGUGCUCAAACUGCAGGCUGCUAAACAGGCUGGACCGCUGCGAGGAGCCUGAGGAAGAGCUUGCAGAACUCGACCACUUUUCCAUGGUUCAACUUAAAGACGGCCUUGUGGUUUACGGGGACCAAGACAGCUUACCCGAUGUUGUUGAUUCACGACCUGUCACGCAGAGCCAAGAUGCCGAAAGUCAGGUGUCACUACUGAGCGAACUGGAUGCGCAGUACCGCCUCCUUAUUGACAAAUACGAAGCACUGCUAGACGCACGAUGCCGAUCGCUGGGUUUGGAUGGGCCUGUCACCGAAACCACCUGGGCUGGCACCAAGUCUGCCAGUCCCGUCUCGGCUGUGAAGAAGAAUGACUACCCAUCACUUUCAACAGGUAGUGAUGCAGAGUCAGCAGAAUCUGGCGAGGCAUCACUCUCCUCUGGCUUCUCGGAAAUGACUACAGAGCGAGUAUUCACCGACCAGGCUGUUCAAACUGACACAGCAUCAGCUGAGGCGAGAAGGCAAUUGGCUUUAGAUUUAACUGCAAUUAAGAACCAAGGUUGCAGUGACCCACUGGGGCAGCAUUUUUCACACAGCCCGCCAGAAUAUAAAAAGUUGUUCGCUGAGAUCUUUGCAGUGCUGAAGCGGACAGUGACGGAUGGGGCCAUCGUAGAAAAGGCCGACUUGUCGCCCGCUGCAGAAACGGCGAUAGUGACUUCCUGUUGCAAGGCGGCUGCAGCUGCUAGAUCUUCGAGCCCGAAAACAAGCCACACACCACCACCACGCAAGUUGAACACCCACUUGGACAUUAGCAAACUGUGUGACGUGGCACCAGGGCCAGCCUGCCCAACAGAGGAGGUCAAGUAUCGUCUACCAGGUGGCAUCACCUAUGCCGAAGCGGUUCGAAGGGGUCGGCUACUGCGCAAGGCGACCACAGAGCGCAGAACAGCGAGGAAGUGAAAAUGUGGGACUUUGCAGUGCUGCUUCAAAAAGGAUUUGUGAGGGCGGCUGUCUUUUAAAUCAUUACGUUUUUUAGCUCUCAGGACGAGAAAUCACAGUGAGAAGAGAAAGAACAUAUUGCGCGGGCACAGGUCCGAAAUUAAGUUUUGGUCAACCAACAAGGUGACCACAAUGAAUGGAUUGUAGCAUUCGACACAGAAAAGUGAAGCAUAAUGCUUUGUAGAUAGUGUCUUCACAUGUGUUUUAAUGAUAGGCCCUUUAUAAGAAAAUGUGAAAAGUAAUUUACUAUUUUAUUUGCGUAGCACACCUCAACAUUGUUACAGUUAAAAUGGAUACUGUGAACACUGUUGUGUGCAAUGUGAAGAAUAUCACUCAACCUUACGUCUGAGUAUGUUAUUACUAAGUCAUUGUUGUGUACCAUUGUGUACAUAGAUUUCUUAAAGUGCGCAGCCCACUGUAAGAACUUCAGGCAGGACUCUCGUGCUUAUCUUUACAUUCUUAAUACAGGGGAUAAAAGGUUAUUGUGCACCACAGAUAUCUACCCUGAGUCAGCCAUAGGCAUUGGCCAGCAAACGUAAAUGACGAGCUCAUUUCACAGUUAGUUUUUAACUCUCGCAUGUGGGACACGAAACAACAUUGAUUUCAUGGUUACCCAUAACCUUCUUUCUCACUGCACCGGUGAUUACAGGAAUGACAUCAUGAGUGGCGAAGAGGCUGCAGCUUUUGUACUCAACUUUCCUCAGGCAUUUAUGUAUGCUACCUUUACUUUUGCUGCUUCUCCUCUUCUUUAUGGCUGCACUGUGCUAUGUUAGUCAUGUUGGCAUUUCUUUUGCUCAAAAAUGUUGCACGAAAGGGGUCAUGCUGCAUGAUGACUUUGAUACUCUUUCAUUUACAAGUGGUAACAUUCGUAUUUAAGUGAAAGGUUUGAAGGCAGCUUGUUCAUUUCAGAUUCUUGAUAUAUGAAGUUCAAUCUUGAAUCAUUUACAGCAGACUCGUUGAACAUCUCAGACAGCAAUUACUGCCAUUUGACUUGUUUGCUGGCUGCUUUGAAGUCGUAAACACUCAUAUUUACACGAGUUCAGGGAAUCUCUCGUGGCAACACAUGUUGGAGCUGAACUGCAAUGCAUUCCAUGUUGGUUUUCUAGGGCGAGCACCUGUGGCUAGGAUGUUAUGAUUGUUAAUUCCUAAGGCACAGGUAUUUUAAACAAAUCAAGGCACCAAAAGUAGUAUUAUGUGGCUGACAUAUUUGCCACCUUUUUUGACCAUGUGAAACACUGGUUGCUGUUUGUGUACAUAAAGCAAAAAAGGCGUUUGUAUGUUCAUGGAAACAACAAUGGGAACAUGUAUGUGUAAAUAUAGUAGGUUUGUGAAUGCUUUUAAAAAGUCCCGAGUGCCAAUGCAGGAUAUGUCAAGCAUACUUUUGUUUGAUGCAAAGUUGAAAUGUGCGCAUUAUAUCGAAGUUGUACUUUUGUCAUUGUUUCAAAGCAUAUCCACCUUUUUUUAAGGUGCAGGAAUCGGACUUGUACAAACACAUGUAAACCUUGUAAAUCUCGAAAAUAAAGCUGUACAACAUUUUAA